AGUUGGUCUCCAAGGAGGACCCCAAAGCCCUGGCUGUUGCUUUGAACUGGGACAUAAAGAAGGCAGAAACAGUCCAGCAGGCCUGCAACACGGAGCUCACCCUGCGCCUACAGCAAAUGCAGAGCUUGCGUUCACUCAGGAAUUUUUCAGCGAGGAAGAACCCACUGCCUGGGGAACAGCAGAGUCCCAAACGAGCCAAACAGGACCCCGAGUAGCUCCACCUCAGCACAAUUUGCUGAGGAGAACCCUUGGUUUUGUUAUCAGUAAACAACUUCCCCUUGUCAUUUUACUACC